UCAUUGAUUGAGCUAUGGACACCCUACAGCUCCCAAAGAAGAGAGAGAAGAUUGCAGACAAAGAAGGAGAAGAAAGACCACAACACUCACCCAUCUCCACUUCUCCACCUUCAGCUUCCUCCUCUCCUUCUCAUGAAUUCUCCUUCACAAUUUCUCUCCAUCCCUCAUCAACAACAACAACAACAACAACACCUGACAAGACAAAGUCCCAGCCACCGCCGCCGCCGCCAUCAUUCGCAAUCGACCUUUCUCCGGCCGAUGACAUUUUCUUCCAUGGACACCUCCUCCCUCUCCAUCUCCUCUCCCAUCUCCCUGUCUCUCCUCGAUCUUCCACCAAUUCCUUUGAAAGUUUCAAUCUUCCCAUCAAAGAUGUAUUAGAAGAUUGUAAACCCAACAGUAACAGCAGCAGCAGCAGCAGUAGUAUGAGCACCACCACCUCCACCACCACUAACAGCAACCAUAGUAGCAGUACUGGUGGGUCAAAAGGAAGAAACAAACUUAAGCUCAUCAAGUCUCUCUCUUUAUUUGGAAUUACUAAAUGGCAGCAAAAAGGGUGUGAGGUAAGUGAGAGAGAUGAAGAAGAUGAAGAUGGAGAGAAGAAAAAGAAGAAGAGGAAGAUAAGAUUUGAUGUGGGUCAUAUUCUAAAGAGGUAUGUAAGGAUGGUUAGACCACUCUUGAUCUUCAGUAAUGGAAGGAAAGAGAAUAAUAAGCAUCAGUUUCUUAGGCAGAAUCAUUCUUUUUCUGGUAAUUUAAGUAGUUUGAGAGGUAAUUGUAAGCAAGAGAGGAGGGGAGGAAGAAGAGGGGGAGGAGGACAAUUCUCUGCUCCAGCUUCUAUGAGAAAUUCUCCUUCAAAUAGUGGACUUCUUAUUGCAACUGAGAUUAAUACAAGUGAUAGCACCAUGGAAGAACUUCACAAUGCAAUCCAAGCUGCAAUUGCUCACUGCAAGAAUUCCAUUGCCAUGAAAGCAGAAGAAAAACUCAAAUGCUGAUGAUGUUAAUGGGUUUGGAUUUAAUUUAGGUUUCUACU